AUGAUAGAAGACAGAGCUGCUGCUCUUUUCUAGUCCUGUCCGUGGCUGCAGAUACACCAGCUGCCCCUUCUGGAUGUGAAAGAGGAGAAUGGCUGUAAAACAAGAGGUGGUGUUGAACUUUCUCCUGGAGCAGGGAGGGAAGGUGAAGAAUUCAGAUCUGAUCAAGACUUUUAAGCAUGUGGUGGAAUCCCCUGAUCCUCAAGAAAAGGCAAACAACAGGGAUCUUUUCAAGAGGUUCGUCAACAAUAUUGCAGUGGUGAAGGAUGAAGAUGGGUGCAAGGUGGUGGUGCUGAAGAAGAAAUAUGCCCAUUUACUGGCAGGGGUUGUGCAAUCAACAAAUGCACAGGAGGAGGAAGUGGGGGCAAGGAGACACUUGCAGGAAGAACCGCAGCCCCUACCUGUAAGCGACAACAACACAGAGGAGCCGUCUAUCAGCACUGACAGUAAAAGUGCCUCACUGCAGGAGUUAUCUGAACCACAGUAUCAUGAGCUGAAAGACUCCGGUGCUGGGGAAUGUGGGCAGGAAUCCACUGAUCAGGAGGAAAGAGGCAACUUACAAAAACUUGAAAAUGAGGAAACGAGGGAGUCAGUUUCUGACAUUGUCUCUCGCAUGCAUCAUUCAGGUCCAGUGCCUGUUCCCAAGUCAUGGUCUGAUGGACAGUCCAAAGAAAUGCAGAAGCCGCACAUGCUGCCUUUGCGGUACGCUCAGAGUUCUUUUGAUGAUCUAGAUGCAAACCAGAAUGAAAACACGUCUGUGCCACUAGCAAUCCCCUUGUCAAUGGUCCAGGAAUCUCCACCCCUGGAUCUGCCACAGGUUGCACCUCUACCAACUAUUCAAGAAGGUCUACUGCCUGCCCUGCCUAGAUCACCACAUGUGGGCAGAAGGCACCUUGAUGAUGUGGGUUCCAAGUCGCCCCAUAUGAAGAGGGCUUCCAAAAUUAUGAAAGCUAGCGAAGAAAACAAAUAUUCUGAUGUGGUGCCAUUAUUCCAACAUGAGCACGAGUGGCUGGUGACUGCCACCAAUGGACGCUGGAAUCAUAAACUUCUGGGUCUUAUGUUGAAAGACAGUGAACUGGCGGACAAGAGAGACUUUAUUUCAGGAUUUACUGCACUGCAUUGGGCAGCCAAAAGUGGCAACACGGAGAUGGUUAAACUAUUAUUUGACUCGAGCAGAAAAGGUGAUGCUAACGUGAAUGUGAAUGUGAGGUCUUUUGGAGGGUACACACCAUUACAUAUAGCUGCCAUACAUGAACGUAAGGAUGUUAUAAUCAUGCUAAUCAGAGAUUACAGUGCCGAAGUCCAUGUGCGAGAUAAUAGCGGGAGAAAGCCCUACCAUUACUUGAAGAAAGAAUGUGCUGUGCAACUACGAUAUAUACUGAAGGAUCCAGCCUACUUUAAUAUGGAACAUACCAUCCCUGUAAAAAGGAACUCCAAAGUUGGGGCCUCCAUCUUUGGAACCACUACUACUUUCCUUGGAGUCAUUUCUGAUGACAUUGCCUUCCAUGACUUGACAAGAGGCUUCAGAAAGCCAUCUUCUCUAAACAAAUUUUUUACAGCACCCUCAGCAACCAAGAAGAAGCUGAAGACCAAGGACAACUAUCCUUCUGUGUCGUCUCUUUCUGAAGAACCAGAGGAAGUGGUGGAGGUAGUGGGAAAGCGCAGACCACUUACAGAGGUUUUCUUUCAGUAA